CUACUUUCCUCUCUCUUGCAGGUGAUCAAGUAGCCGUGUACUCUGACCUUUCUUUCACAACUCCUCUUCGUGAUGUUGCCUUUCAUCCACAUGAACAUAUGGUGUCAUUCUGUGCCUAUGGUCAAAACCAACCAAUACUCGUGUACAUUUAUGAUUAUAGAGUUGCCCAGCAGGACGUUGAACUGGUAAAAGAUUUUAGUGGACUACAUUUAUCCACAUCAUCCAGAGGCCCACAAAUUCUUACUGGUAUUUCUGCACAGAAGGAUACAAUAAAUCAUCCAGCGGAUCAAUUUGCAAGCGUUGCAGGAGUAUCAAUGAGGAUGCAGAAAGUCAAACAAAAACUAGAUUCUGUUACGGCCAGCUUCAGUCCUUUGACUCCUAGUCCAUCUCUGCUUUCACCACACUCCAAAUUAAGACUGGCAAGUACACUGGGUGAACCACCACAGAUUCCUCUGUAUCCUCUUCCAACUCAAAGUGGGAGCUUCAUCCCAGUAGGAAAUCCUUUUAGCCGAACUUCAUCAGCUGGACUAUGCAUGAACAAGAGUGGACAUCUCAGGCUGCAUCUACUCUGCUCGGCCUCAGUCGAGGGAUCGACGGAUUUUGAUGUCGAUGCCUCCUUCGACGUCGAUGUAGAAGUUGAUGGCCUGGAUACCACGGCUGACGUCGACGCCGAUUGUCACACUAUUACCACCCCCUAUGCCUGCACACCCAUAUCUGGACAAGACAUAGUUGGAGUAUUAGAUUGCAUCAACUAUCACUAG